AACAAACUCAUUCCCAAAGAGAAAGAAACCUAAGAACUCUAAACACAACCAAAACCAUGCAUACUUUCUAUCUUUUCUUAGUACUUUUUCUGGCAACUCAUAAAAUACAAGCAACUGUUUACACCGUAACCAACACCGCACUCUCUACCCCUGGCGGUGUUCGUUUCCGUGAUCAAAUAGGAGAACAGUACACCAUCCAAACCCUAGACUCCGCCUCACAAUUCAUAUGGACAAUAUUACAAGAGAACAACCAAACCGACAGAAAACUCGUGCAGAACGUGAGUCUAUUCGUGGACCCUAACGCCACAGGUGUAGUUGCAUACACAACCAAAAUCACCCAUGAAAUCCACGUGAGCGCGAGUUAUAUCAGUAGCUAUAAGGGUGAUGUGAAAAAUGAGAUUACAGGAGUGUUGUAUCAUGAAAUGACACACGUUAGGCAGUGGCAUGGCCAUGGUGAAGCUCCAACUGGAUUAACCGAAGGUAUAGCAGAUUAUGUGAGGCUGAAAGCGAAUCUAGCAGCUGGUUAUUGGGUUAAAGCAGGGGAAGGAGAUAGCUGGGAUGAAGGUUAUGAUGUUACUGCUCGUUUUUUGGAUUACUGUGAUGGUUUGAGAAAUGGGUUUGUGGGAGAGUUGAAUAAGAUGAUGAGAAGUGGAUAUAGUGACCAGUUCUUUCUUCAGUUGUUGGGAAAAACAGUUGUUCAAUUGUUUGCUGAGUAUAAGGCACAUUAUGGAAAUUAAUAUAGCAUAGUACAUGGAAGAAGAAUCAUCUUGUUCAAUUUGAAAUACCAUGUUUGUUAGAUUGAAAAUCUCUGUCUGAUUGUAAAUCCAGAAUCUUGGAGUUAUGUGUGUGAAAUAUAAAAUAUAAAAAAUAAGCUACUGUUA